ACCGUUGCCUGUCCCACCGUCCCAGCCAUGGCCGGGAGCUCUAAUGUGCCCCACAGGACCUCGCUGCCGGAGGGUGUCAGAGUGGGCACCGUGAUGAGAAUUCGUGGUGUUGUCCCCGACAACGCUAGCAGGUUUCAUGUAAACCUGCUGUGCGACCAGGAGGGUGCUGAGGCUGCCCUGCAUUUCAACCCCCGGUUGGACGAGUCCGUGGUGGUCUUCAACACCAAGGAGCGCGGCGCCUGGGGCCAGGAGGAGCGCGGCCACGGCCUUCCCUUUCAGCGUGGGCAGCCCUUCGAAGUGCUCCUCAUCGCUACUGAGGAAGGCUUCAAGGCGGUGGUCGGGGACGCGGAGUACCACCACUUCCGCUACCGCCUCCCGCCGGGGCGCGUGCGCGUCGCCGAGGUGGGCGGGGACCUGCAGCUGCAGUCGCUGAAGAUCUUCUGA